UUUUUAUAUUCAUUUAUCCCAGAUAGAUCGAGAUACUUAGCCUUGAAGAUGACUAUCACGAUAAAAGUACCCUGUUCCUCGGCGAACAUAGGACCUGGAUUCGAUGUCAUAGGACUUGCCCUCUCAAUAUGGCUUGAAAUACGUGUGGAAAUUACCCAAUCGGAGAAGUCUGAAGCAGCCUUGAAUUGCGUGAUCACGUAUGAGGGCGAGGGCGCAGACGAGGUCCCCUUGAGUGCCGACAAUAAUCUGAUCACGAGGACAGCAUUAUAUGUGUUGAGGUGCCAUGGCCAAAGGAGUUUCCCUGUCGAGACGAGAGUUCAUAUCAAAAACCCUAUUCCGCUUGGAAGAGGACUGGGAAGCUCAGGUGCGGCGGUCGUAGCGGGAGUUGUACUUGGGAAUGAGGUUGGGAAGUUGAAUUUGACAAAGGCAAGAAUGUUGGACUAUUGCUUGAUGAUUGAACGCCAUCCAGACAAUGUUGCAGCGGCUCUGUACGGUGGCUUCGUGGGAACAUAUCUCAACGAUUUGAGCCCAGAAGAUACAGAGAGAAAAGAGAUUCCUUUAAGUGAAGUCCUCCCAGAGCCCGCAGGUGGUGUAGACACCGGAAAAGCACCACCGGAACCUCCUAUUGGUAUUGGUCAUUACAUGAAAUUUCCUUGGGCAAAGGAAAUCAAAGCCAUUGCCAUUAUCCCCGACUUCGAGGUCGCCACAGCAAAGGCCAGAAGUGUAUUGCCAACUUCGUACACAAGAGCAGAUGUCGUCUUCAAUCUCCAGAGAAUAGCCUUACUUCCCUCUGCCCUAGGAAGAUCACCUCCAGAUGCCGACCAAAUAUACCUUGCCAUGCAAGAUAAAGUCCAUCAACCAUAUCGAAAAGGCCUCAUCCCAGGUUUGCCCGAGAUUCUGCAAUCAGUAACACCUAAGUCUCACCCCGGUCUCUGUGGAAUUUGUCUUUCUGGGGCUGGUCCAACUAUCUUGGCAUUGGCUACCGAGAAUUUUGAUGGAAUUGCCAAUGUCAUUCUUGAAAUGUUUGCGAAGAAGGAUAUCAAAUGCAGGUGGGAAUUGCUGGAGCCAGCAGAGGAAGGCACAGUAGUCACGCAUAGCUGAGAGAUGAAGGAUGCAAGUUAAAGGACGUUUAUACCCGCAAAAAUGCAGACUCGAUAUAUGGAGUCAGGAAAUUGCACAUGGCACCGAGCUAUUCUGAGCUGUGCAAUAGCAUGAAAGCUGCCCC